AUGGGCUGCACCUCUGCCAUUGUCUUCACCUGCUUCGGCGCCGCCUAUGGAACCGCAAAAUCCGGCGUCGGCAUCUCCGCAAUGGGUGUUCUUCGACCUGAUCUCAUUGUCAAGAACAUUGUCCCCGUCAUUAUGGCCGGUAUCAUUGGUAUCUACGGCCUGGUCGUCUCUGUCUUGAUCUCCGACAAUCUCUCCCAAAAAGAAGCACUUUUCACCAGCUUCAUCCAGCUUGGUGCUGGAUUGUCUGUCGGUCUUGCCGGUCUGGCUGCAGGCUUCGCGAUUGGCAUUGUUGGUGAUGCUGGCGUUCGCGGCACUGCACAGCAACCUCGCUUGUUCGUCGGCAUGAUUCUCAUCCUCAUUUUCGCCGAGGUGUUGGGUCUCUACGGGUUGAUUGUUGCGCUAUUGAUGAACUCAAAAGCGCAGACUGAUGUGACCUGCUAG